GCGGCCGCCCGGCCCCUGCUGCGGGAGGCGGCGGCGGGCGGGCGCGCCACGCUGCUGCUCUUCGGGCAGACGGGCACGGGCAAGACGUACACCUCCAGCGGCAUGCUGGACCGGCUGGCGGCCGACAUCUUCGGGGGCGCCGCGGGCGUGGGCCGGCCCCACGUGCGGGUGCUGUGCUACGAGCUGGUCGGCGCUGGCCGCGGCCGCGACGGGUGCUUCGAUCUGCUGUCCGAGCGCGCGAAGGUCCGAUGUCUCCAGGGCGAGGACGGGCAGGUGCACGUCCGGGGCGCGCGGGCCGCGGAGUGCGGCUGCGCCGCGGACUUCCGCGCAGCGCUUGCGGCGGCCUUCGCGCGGCGCUCCAGCGAGGGCUGCGCCGGGGGUGUGGGCGGCGGCGUGCUCCGCUUGGUGGAUCUCGCAGGGUCCGAGCGCAACUACGAGACCCAGCAGCACACGCGCUCCAUGGCAGAGCGGGGCGGCAGCAUCAACUACUCCUUGCUGAUGCUGAAGGCCCACCGCACCGUGGUGAUCUCCACGCUCUCGCCGUCCCCCACGGACGUGGAGCACUCCCUCAACUCGCUGCAGCACGUAGGCAUGAUGCGGUCGCCGCAGGAGCCCCUGAGCGGCCGGGCGCAGCCCGCCGCCCGCCGCGGCGGGCGCGAGGCUGCCGGUUCCGAGGGCGGCUUCGGCGCCCUGGAGGGCCGCGGGCACGCGCUGCACUCGAAGCUGCAGGACGCCCGCGCCUCGCAACUGAAGCUGCACGCCUUCAACACGGAGAUGCUGGUCGGCGGCUCCAUCCAGAAGAAGUACGACCCGGAGGCCGUGAAGCAGGAGGCCUUCAUCGACCCGCGGUGGCACCGCGAGAUGAACGUCGAGGUCGAGCAGGACCUGUGGGUCUUGAAGGAGGCCGACGCCGAGGUGGUCCAGCUCCUCACCGCCUGGCGGGAGGAGCAGUGGAGGCAGCGGCAGUCGCACGACCUGUCCCGCUGGGACGCGAAGGCUGUGCAGGAGUUCGUGGCGUCGCUGGAGCUCCCGGGCCAGGCGAGGCUGCCCUCCACGCUCACGGGGCCCCAGCUCCAGCGCCUCGGCCUCCGCGGCCUCCGGGCGCUGUGCAGCGACGGUGCCACCGCGGAGGCCCUGCACGCGGCGCUGCUGGGGGAGCAGGCGGCCGGCCGCGAGGCCGCGGCGUCCCAGAGGAGCAACAACGCGAAGAUCACGGCCCUCGGCUCGCUCAAGGUGCACGCGAUUUCCAGCAGCGCUGCUGGCAGUUAG